GAGAAGAAAAGCUGAAGCGUUUCCUUUUGGGGAUUAAAAAUAAUAAUCGCGUUUGGAGAGGAUAAAUCUGUUUAUCUUUAAAUCCUGAGCAUCAUCUUGGUCACUGAGCCAGGCUGACCAGCGAGAGGUCACUUCCUGUGAGUGUGGCACACACAUCGGAUUAUUCCUUUCCGAUGUCAUGAUAGAAAACAACCACAAAGUUGCACAAAAACAUGAUGCCCACAAGGGACUCCAGUAGCAGUCAAAAGACAUCUAGUACACCUGAUACUAUCACUGGUUCUUCGCAAAUGAAGAAAGAUCUUCACCCUUGCUCAGGUUUUGGGAAGAGUUUUAUAUCCCAAAGUAAACUCCAAAUCCACCAGUGCAUUCACACAGGAGAGAAGCUGUAUCAGUGUUCAGAUUGUGGGAAGAGUUUUAGUCAAAGAAGUCAUCUCCAAUCACACCAGCGUAUUCACACAGGAGAGAGGCCAUAUCACUGUUCACAGUGUGAAAAGAGCUUUGCUCAUGCAUAUACUCUCCAAACACACCAGCGCAUUCACACAGGAGAGAAGCCACAUCGCUGUUUACAAUGUGGAAAGAGCUUUGCUCAUGCAUAUACUCUCCAAACACACCAGCGCAUUCACACUGGAGAGAAGCCACAUCACUGCUCAGAUUGUGGAAAAAGUUUCAUACAAAUAAGUGAUCUCCGAAAACACCAGCGCCUUCACACUGGAGAAAGGCCAUAUCACUGCUCCGAUUGUGGAAAGAGUUUCAAUCAUAUAAGUCAUCUCCGAACACACCAGCGCGUUCACACAGGAGAGAAGCCAUAUCACUGCUCAGAUUGCGGAAGGAACUUUGCUCAUGCAUCUAGUCUCCAAAUGCAUGACUGCAUUCACACAGGAGCGAAGCCAUAUCACUGUUUACAAUGUGGAAGGCGCUUUAUUCACGCAAACGCUCUCCAAACACACCAGCGCAUUCACACAGGAGAGAAACCAUAUCACUGCUCAGAUUGUGGAAAGAGUUUCAAUGUCUCGGGUAAUCUCCGAAAGCACCAGCGCAUUCAUACGGGAGAGAAGCCAUAUCAGUGUUCAGAUUGUGGAAAGAGUUUCAAUCAAACAAGUUAUCUCCAAGUACACCAGCGCAUUCACACAGGAGAGAAGCCAUAUUACUGUUUGCAGUGUGGAAAGAGCUUUGCUCAGUUGGGUACUCUCCAAACACACCAGCGCAUUCACACAGGAGAGAAACCGUAUCACUGCUCAGAUUGUGGAAAGAGUUUCAGUCGAACAAAUGCUCUCCAAACACACCAGCGCAUUCACACAGGAGAGAAGCCAUAUCACUGCUCAGAUUGUGGAAAGAGCUUCAAUCAAUCAAGUUCUCUCCAAACACACCAGCGCAUUCACAAAAAAUAGAAACUGUAUCACUGCUUACAGUGUGGAAUCUGUUUGUCUGACCCCAGAAAUUUCAACCCACACCAAUGAAUUCACAUAUGAGAAACCAUUUAUCUACUAACAGUGAGGGAGUUUUUACCCACCAGGGUCAUCUCAAAACACACCAACGCAUCCAUACAGGAGAGAUGCCACAUCCCUGAAUACAAUAUGGAAUAAAUUUUGCUCGCAUUAGAAAAUUCCAAAAACAUCAGCAAGUUCACGUGAGAGAGCAGCUGUACCAGUGCUGAGGAACGGAAAGAGAACAUGCUUAUAGUUACUACUGAGGACACUGAGGCCUUUUUUGUUUGUUUCUUGGUGUUUGUGGUGGGUUCCCCCCCAUGGAGACACUUGACUUCUGAAUAUUGCUGUGGUGGAUUGUGCAGC